CCCAUUUUUCCCUUUUCUCUCUCCGCUUGAAGCCAUCUUCCAAACUGUACAGCGAAAUUCGAAUGGGAGCAUUCAAAGUUCUGAGCAGAAGAUUUUCCAAUCUCACCUUUCAAAUCCAUCAUUCUCCUCUGAACGUUCCGAUUCCGGCCAAAAAUCUCGGUCAUCCAUCGCCAAGAUCCAACUUUUCCGAUGGGUUCAGAUCGCCCUCACAUCCAUGGCAGUUCAGUCAUUGCAGAACUCUCAUUUUGGAGUCCCUUUCUUCUGAGUCAGUCCGGCUUCAUCGACUUUCCGACUCCAAUUCUGGAAUUGUUGAGAUUCAUUUAGACAGACCCGAGGCAAAAAAUGCCAUUAGCAAGGAUAUGCUGAGGGGAUUGCGUCAUGCGUUUGAAUCUGUUGAUAGUGAUCCAUCGGUCAAUGUUAUGAUGAUAUGCAGCUCCAUCCCGAAGGUGUUUUGUGCAGGUGCCGAUUUGAAGGAGCGCAGGACAAUGACAACAUCUGAAGUUCAAUCCUAUGUCACCUCACUGCGGUCUGCAUUCUCGUUUUUAGAGGCACUUCAUAUACCUACUAUUUCAGUUAUUGAAGGAGCAGCAUUCGGUGGUGGACUUGAAAUGGCUCUAGCAUGUGAUCUUCGGAUAUGUGGGGAAGAUGCCAAACUCAGUUUGCCAGAAACCGGACUAGCUAUAAUUCCUGGGGCAGGUGGGACUGUAAGGCUACCUAGGCUGAUUGGGAAGUCAAUAGCAAAGGAACUUAUAUUCACUGGUCGUAAGGUCAGCGGCAGAGAUGCAAUGUCUAUAGGUCUUGUCAAUUACUGCGUCCCUGCUGGUGAAGCUUAUGUAAAGGCACUUGAAAUUGCCCAAGAGAUAAAUCAGAAGGGUCCACUAGCAAUAAAGAUGGCAAAGAAAGCGAUCGACGAGGGGCUUGAGGUAGACGUGGACUCAGCAUUGGAAGUAGAAGAUGAAUGUUACAAACAACUCUUGGACACGAAAGACCGAUUGGAAGGAUUGGCAGCAUUCGCCGAGAAACGGAAGCCAAGGUAUAGAGGAGAAUAGAUUGAUGACACAAUUGUUUGUUUCCUCUCAUCUUCAUUUCACUUGCUAAUAUAUAAGAAUAAAUGCAAGAUAUGCAUUUAAACUAAGUAACCUGAAUUGAGAGAGUUGCUUCAGAAACUGUCAGUUCAACCUUGUUUUAUUUAGUACUGAUGCUAUAAUAAACAGUCUUGAAUGGGUUAGCCUUUCAAUCA